AUGUAUAGAUGUCAACUAGAAGAAACCAGCUCUGGGAACAAUGGGGACCAAACUAGUCACAGCGGACGGCAGGGUAGGCGCGAACAACCCUCCCUACCGAAGUCUAACUGUGCGCCUGCACUUGGCAACGAGCCACACCCGCCGGCGGUACGAGAAGCCGCCUCAGAGGAGGGCAUGGAUGACCCUGACCUGCCCCCGAAUUGCAUACGGGUGAGUGAUAGAAUCAUGCGGCUGAAGAAAGAAACUGCAUCCAUCAUGCGCAGUUUGAGGAGUACCACACAGCUGGAUACACAAGCCUCGGCUUCGUCGGCUUCAGUGAGCACGUCAACUAAGGAGCUGCCGAGUGCGCCUGCUACACGUGCUCCCGGUUUGAAUUCAAAAAAUUGCGAGAAGAAUCCUGUACUUAGGAGUAUCCUGCGCAGUCAAGCAUGUCCUCACUCGCAAGUAUACUCAUCACCUCGUAGGUUGUGA